AUAAUGACAUUAUUGAGCAACAUGGCAAUGAAAUUGAGCAUGCAGAGGAUGGUCCAAGUGAGCAAAUGAAUAAGGAUAAUGACAAUGCUGAGGAUGUAGAUGAGGAUGAAGAGGAAUCUGAAAAGGAAGAAUGUGAAGAAGAAAGAGACAGAAGGUUUAGAAAGGGUAAGCAAGUUGAACAAUAUCACAUUGAACCAAAAGAGAACAAAGUGGAAAGAGAAAAAAGAGAAACAGCCCCAGCACCUGCUGUGAAGUCCCCAUUCAUGAACAGAAGUAUAGAUGCAAGGACAACACUUGGCAGUGAGGAAAGACUACUUGCAGGUUUUGUGUUCAAUGAUCAUUGUGACAAGAAUGUUGUGGUGUUCAAGCAUUACAACUUCACUCUUUCAAAAGCUCAGAUGGAAACAAUGAAGAGCAACACAAAAGUUGAUGCUGGAAUUAUAGAUAUAUGGGCAAUGUUGCUUAAUCAUAAUGAAAAGUUCAAAAGCCCUGAAGCUAAAAGCAGAAUGAUUUUCUCAACAAGACCAUGUGUAAGAAGUACAUAUUAAUUUACUUAGUAUUACUAAAAUGAAACUAAUAUAUUAUAAUAUUUAAUGACAGCAUGUGCUAGAUCAAAAUCAUCUCACCGCUCCACAAACAAGGAAUAAAAGGUUUGUGGCAGAAAUUGGCAAGGAAUUUCCCUGUGCAGAUGGAAAUAAGUUGAGGUCAACAGACCUAUUCAUAUUCCCAGAUGAAUACAAUGGGUGCUACUAUAUGAUGUGCUUUGACUUGAAGAGCAUGAAAUUCUACAUUAUUGAUAGUAGCGACGGAGAUAUAGC